CCUCCCCACAAUGGCACCUGCCCCAAAAUAGCUUCCAUGUGAGAGCUAAAGAAAGGGAAAGAUUAGACCCUGCAUGCAAAGGAGGGAGGAGGAGGAGGAGGAGGAGAGAGAGUGAGCAAGCUGUCAAGUGAUCGGUGUCAAGCUUCAGUGAAAGUAUAAAAUCCCCUUGGGGCCAGGCGAUCUCAAACCCCAGCUGUCAGAGCCAGGACACCGAAUCAGCCGGACUUGCUCUUUUUGUCUUCUUCAGACUGCACCAUGGGGCUCAGCGACGGGGAAUGGCAGUUGGUGCUGAACGUCUGGGGGAAGGUAGAGGCUGACCUCGCGGGCCAUGGGCAGGAGGUCCUCAUCAGGCUCUUUAAGGGCCACCCCGAGACCCUGGAGAAGUUUGACAAGUUCAAGCACCUGAAGUCAGAGGAUGAGAUGAAGGGUUCUGAGGACCUGAAGAAGCAUGGCAACACUGUGCUCACCGCCCUGGGUGGCAUCCUCAAGAAGAAGGGGAAGCACGAGGCGGAGCUGAAGCCGCUGGCCCAGUCACACGCCACCAAGCACAAGAUCCCCAUCAAGUACCUGGAGGUGCUGCAGAGCAAGCAUCCCAGGGACUUCGGCGCUGACGCCCAGGCGGCCAUGAGGAAGGCUCUGGAACUGUUCCGGAAUGACAUCGCUGCCAAGUACAAGGAGCUGGGAUUCCAGGGCUAGGUCCCUGGGCGCCCCACCCCACCCCCACCCCUUCGGGCCCUGGGGCCCAGGGCCGGGUGGGCGGUGAUCUCCUGUAGCCGUGUAGUUUGCUUCUGAGUGUCUGCUUUGUUUAUGAGAGGUGGGUGGGAGAGGCCGAGGGGCCGGGCUAGGCUGUUCUGGUGGCUUCGCAAGAGUGGGGCCUGGUCCUCGUGGAGGGGCAUCACCCCGGGAACCAGGAGAUGUGUGGCCCUUUGCUCACUUCAUUUGCCUCUCUCCUAAACUCCAACCCCAUUCCUCCAGCCUCCAAACUCAACCACACCUUCACCUUCACCUCUAAUCCCAAAUCCAA